AUGUCGGCUCUUCUAUUCGUGGGUGUGAACGUCGAGUUCAAUCACGAAUAUGUAGCACUACUGCGGGAAAUUGAAAUCAAGAUGGACGCCACGAAAAUGUCUACCUCCAAGACUGCUUUGCACGACCGGUUGGCCGAGGAAAGAAUGGAAAAACCUGUGACGCGGUUGUCGGCGGCUCUUGCAGCCGAGUUGGAACACCUCUCUCUCUCUCUCUCUCUCUCUAUACAUCUAUCUAUCUAUCUAUUUCCCUAUCUCUCUCCCCUUUUUCACUUGCUUGUUCCGACCUGCGCCUACCAAAAAGGCUCUUUUGUCUUAGCCCUCUCCUCCCUCUGCCCGAUACGCUCCGCUCCGGUCCAGCCUAGUCUUAACACAGUUACACGAAAACACACAUUGGCCCACCAGUGCACAGACGAGUUGGGCUUUUGUGCCGACAUUACUGCACACACACACACACACACACAAUUAGCCCAGAAACUCCUCAUCGCCCCACAGACACCUCCCCCCAUUGCACCCCAAUUUCUGUACCGACCAGACGUUUCGGCCGCUGAUCCCUUUAACCCCUCCAGUCGUCGGCUUCAUUCACCCCCUCAGGCCGGUUUUUCCCUCUCCUCUCAGACCCGCUCGGCCAGCCCCCAACUCGACGCAUCAGGCCUGAGCUCAUCGGCCCAAUUCACACAAGCACAACUCAGCUCCAACUCCAAAUCCCCACUCACUCUUCAGGCCUGGCGACAGCCCCCUUGUCAGGCCGCUAGUUCAUGCAAGUCAUGUGAACUGAAAGAAACGCGAAAGGGGCGGCUCUAA